GCGUGACAGAAACAUACAAAAACUAUCAGAUUUAUAGUAUUACUGCAAUGAGGAUACAAAUAAGGAAGGAUACAAUAUUUAUUGUACUAACCAACAUGAUAUUUGGCAUGUUUUCGCUCAGAUGCUUACUUGUGUGUAUUAAAAGUGAAUUCAGUGAAUAUAAUGUGGGCUGUUCUGAAGAUAAUAAUUGUCACUUUUCUUUCGUUGGAUUCGACUACUUGGGCUUUAGAAAUAUCACUGUUUAAAGCAGAUGGUACCUAUUUAAGAGAUUUUUAUGAUACGUAUCUGUUUCAUUUUUACAAGGAAGCCCACCUAAAAAUGAAUUUAAAUCUAAAGAAUUUGGCACCGGGAUUGGAUACUGAAUUUUUAACCAAUAAUUGGAAUAAAACUGUUCCCUAUCCACAAACAAAUCCCAUGAUAAACCAUUCUUUAAAACAUCACAGUACAUAUAAUGUUACGUUAAAAAUAUGCGCGAGAAAACCAGACUGCAUAUGGAAAACAAUUGUUAAAGGAAAACGAGUUAAAGAUUCAAUUCCAAUAUCAGGCGAAGAUGAUCUUUGUUUAAAACAAUACGCGUGCACCAUUGAGGUGGAUUUGUCAACCAUUACAACAGAAUAUAUAAAACAAGAAGCGAGAGUUUUGAGACCCACCGGUAUACCUAAACCUAACUCUAAUAGUACAGAAACAGUUAUCCCGGAUAGCCUUCAACCAAUGGAAUGUAGUAUCGGAAUUCAAACGUCUACUGUGAUAUACAUCGCAGUGGCAAUGAUAUGUCUUGUGAUAUUGCUUGCUAUAAUAUACGUGAAAAAACAUCGCCGGCAUAAUGCGCGCCGAGUACCACCCGUGAAUUUUCAAAAUAGUUCUUCUUCAAACCAAGUCCUGUAUGCUGAACUUAACCUGCCGCCCGCGCCGACAGACAAGCCACCAACGAGCACUUGUGAAGAAUCACCCUAUACGGAAAUAAUUGGGGUGUUGAAACCAAAGCCUGAGGUUUCAAAGAAAUAAAAGUUAUCG